CACACGGAGCUGCUGCAGCUGCUCCACAGUGUGGAGGCGGUCCGUGUUGUACAGAGCCACCGUCCCUUCAUGCUUCACCAGCAGGAACGAUCCUCCGGAGGUCCCGCUCUCCUCCUGCAGGAGCGUGUGAGCCAGUGACAUGGUUCGAUCCCCAGCCGCGGAAAGCACAUCCGUCCGCUUGUGUUGACGACCAGAAGAGGAAGGGAGCGAUGAAGUUUGCGGUCGCGGUGUUGUGGUUCCUCUCCCUGGCUCCCGGGAAGCACACUGUGCAAGCUCAGGAGGACUUUGUGUCGCUGGCUGAGAUGGAGGAUUUGUUGCUGAGGAACCUUUUCAGGGGUUACCAGAAAUGGGUACGGCCCGUACAACACUCAAACGACACCAUCACUGUCCGCUUCGGUCUCAAGAUCUCACAGCUGGUCGAUGUGGAUGAAAAGAACCAGCUGAUGACAACAAACGUCUGGCUCUGGCAGGAGUGGAUUGAUGUGAAGCUGAAGUGGGACCCAGAUGACUAUGGAGGUGUUACCUCCAUCAGAGUGCCUUCAGAGACAAUAUGGCUGCCAGACAUCGUCCUAUAUGAAAAUGCUGACGGUCGCUUUGAGGGUUCCCUGAUGACCAAAGCCAUUGUGCGCUGGGACGGCACCAUAACUUGGACUCCACCUGCCAGCUACAAGUCCUCCUGCACCAUGGACGUCACCUUCUUCCCAUUCGACCGACAGAACUGCUCCAUGAAGUUCGGCUCCUGGACAUACGAUGGAAACAUGGUGGACCUGGUCCUGGUUGAUCACUAUGUGGACCGCAAAGAUUUCUUCGAUAACGGCGAGUGGCAGAUCCUCAACGCCACAGGGAUGAGAGGGAGCAGGAGGGAUGAGGUGUACUGGUACCCGUUUGUCACCUACUCCUUCAUCCUUAAGAGGUUGCCCUUGUUCUACACCCUCUUCCUCAUCAUCCCGUGCCUCGGCCUGUCCUUUCUCACUGUGCUGGUGUUUUAUUUGCCAUCAGACGAAGGAGAGAAACUGUCACUUUCCACAUCUGUGCUAGUGUCGCUCACUGUGUUCCUCCUGGUCAUAGAGGAAAUCAUCCCUUCAUCCUCAAAGGUAAUCCCUCUCAUUGGAGAGUACCUGCUCUUUAUCAUGAUUUUUGUCACCUUCUCCAUCAUCGUUACCGUCUUCGUCAUUAACGUCCACCACCGCUCCUCUGCCAGCUACCACCCCAUGGCCCCCUGGGUAAAGAGCCUCUUCCUUCAGAAACUGCCCAGACUCUUGUGUAUGAGGGGCCACACUGACAGAUACCACUAUCCAGAUAUGGAGAUGACCAGCCCGGAGCCGAAGCCCAAGAAAGGCGCAGGAAGGAAGGGGGUCCCUGGCCACAGUGGCAGUCAACAGAGGAAGGAGGACGAGAACCAAGCCUGGCUGGCCAUGCUGGAGAAAGCCACAAGUUCAGUGCGCUACAUCAGCCGUCACAUCAAAAAGGAGCACUUCAUACGAGAGGUUGUACAAGACUGGAAGUUUGUGGCUCAGGUGUUGGACAGGAUCUUCCUCUGGGCCUUCCUCACGGUGUCAAUACUGGGAACUGUUCUCAUCUUCACCCCUGCUCUGCAGAUGUACUUCAGCUCACCAUGAACACACACAUGAACACUCUCCAAAAACUGCUCAUCCCUGUUCUUCAGUUUGUUUUGAACUAUAAUUUAUUAAUAAUGCUCAAUAAAACAUUCACUCUGUACAUUUCUACUGUAGGAACAAGCUCAAGCUGCAAACCUGUACCUCCCUACAGUUCGGUCUGCAGCCUGUAAUGAGAACUGGACACUUUAGUGUUCUACAUGCAACUGAUUUUAUUUGUUGGAGCACAGAGGAGUAAAAGCAAUAAGCGGGUUAUAGUAGCGUGUAUGAUUUAAAUAUUCAUGUUUGUUUUAGUGUAACAUUGUCAUUAUACAUGUAACAACAUGCACAAUAUCACUCCAUGAAUCAUGAGUUGUUCUGUGUGUCACAUUCACCUUGUCGUCCCAGCUGAACUCUACUGUAUGUGCUGUAAUGAUGAUCUCAAUAAAAAGAAAUCCGAUGUAAGAAA